GGCGCUGGUGGGCUCUGGUUUGAAGUAUUUCCUCAUAUUAAUGGGGGAAACUUCAACCACACCUCAGUGAUCUGGGAAACACAGAGUCAUUUCCACCCUCAGCUCUCCACACAAGAGGCGCUUCACUCCAGCCCUUCACAGGGACUCUCUUUUGCAUAUUCGUUUGCAACAUCACUGCCUCACAUAAACCCCACAGUCCCGCAGAAUCAACUGGAAAUCAGGGGUGCAGAAUAACGGAAUUUCUGAGGGGUCUUAUAUAUACUUAAAGCAAAGACAUCAACAAGGAUUCUGCUGUGAUCAGGACAGAGGUUUUUUGGACGAGCCACGGCUUAUAUCGCUGAGUGUUGAGGAUUAGAUUCUCUGUCUAUCUCGUCUCUAAACGGCCUGCAGGGUGGCGAGAGAGAGGAGGGAAUCCAACCGGUGUGUGCCGGAGAUGAGUGCGUUCUGGCAUAAGAUUGGUUGCUGUGUGGUAGCCAAACCUCCUCCGAAGAAGAAACGGAGGAGAAUUGACCGUAGCAUGAUCGGAGAGCCCACAAAUUUCGUUCAUCUGACACAUAUAGGCUCUGGUGAAAUGGCAGAUGGCAUGCAGCCGUCUGGCCCAAUACAGGAACAAAUGAGAUCCAAAGUGCCUCACGCUAAUGGACGAAACAGCUUGUUAUAGCCUGUAUUUUACCUGAUUUUUUUGUUUUUGUUUUUACCCCAAGCUCCAAAGUGUCCUCAGCAGAACUUGUCCAGCUAGCAGAACUGUACCAGUUAGGAGGAGAUACAGAGCAGAUUUUGAUUUAAAAAAACAACAACCUCCGACUGCUGCAGCUACAAACAUGGACGCCACCUCUGCAGGUUUAUGUUUUGGAUCCUCUGGAAUGUUUCAGAGGAGACAUUUGUUAUUAAAUUUGGACCUGAUUGUAUGAGAGCGCCUGACAAAGAGUGUGAAUGUGUGACGUGUGCAUUUGAGACGCUGACUGUGCUUGCUGUGGAAGAGGAAAGGCUCUUAUCGCUUUGACAAAGGGGACUAUUUGACUGCCUUCCCAAAGUUAUAACCAGCAUGUUUGUCAUAGUCUGUCAUUGAUAAGGAUGUGUGCAAAUGUGUGUUUACUUUUGUUUUGUAAUGGAAAUAUAUGUGCACCUAUACCAUUACAGUGUCUCCAGCUGCUUGUCAUUAACAGUUGCACAAAUUGGUGUUGAUUAGUGUAUGAUAAAAAAGCUCAUCUGGAAUGUGUAUAGUAGAUGGAUAUAGUAUGAAAAUAUGGAUUUGUUUUUCCCCUGCAUGCCUGAUAUUGCAUUUACAAAGGCCGAUCCCUUCCCCCAAUUAAUUUUAAGUCGUUCCUUCCAACUCCAUAUAACUGAGGAAAUUUUUUUGAUAAAUCUUCAUGCAGGACAUCAAUUCAUAUUGACAUCAUGACUGUUGAGCUGCAAAUUAAAGGCAUGUAUGACCUUAUAUUCCAAGUUUUCUGAAGUUAUAUGUUUGCUUCAUGAGAUUAACAGACCAAAUGUGUUAUUAUUUGCUGAUAAUAGUCACCUCAAGUGAGCUGUUGAACGGAUAGUUCACCCAAAAUUGAAAAUUCUGUCAACUCCCAUUGGACCCCAUUGACUUCCAUAGUAUUGGGGGUAAAAAAUACUAUGGAAGUCAAUAGAGGCAAUCAACUGGUUAGCCAUAUCCUUCAAAACAUCUUGUUUUGUGUUCAGCAGAAGAAAGAAAUUCAUACAGGUUUGGAACAACUUGAGGGUGAGUAAAUGAUGACAGAAUUUUCAUUUUUGGAUGAACUAUCCUUUUAACUGGAGAAUUAUUGUUUCAGAAAUAUUUAAGUCAAUAAUUUGGGAUCAUAUGGCUUCAGACGACUUGGAAUAUAAAGAGAGUAUUACAUUGGUUUUGUGCACCAUAUUUGGUGCUUUUUUAUUAUUUACAUUUUUUGGGGGCAGCAACUAACAUAUGCACAAUUGUUGUAUUGACAAAAAUUCAUAAAUUCUUCAAAGUCUCCACUGUAAAAGAAAAAAAAAAGAGUAUCAGCAUCUGAGUUUGGAACAAUGGGAGGGUGAGUAAAUGAUAUUUUGUUUUUAGGUGAAUUAUUGCUAAGUAUUAGAAAUAGGCUAUUACCUGACUAUCUGAGUUGAGACUUUGAACAGUGGAUACAUUCAGGCUUCCUGCCAACAGCGAGCCACUGCCCUUUGUCAUUUAAACCUCACAUUUAGUCUCACUUUCACACAUGAAGCUCCACCCCACACAAGCUUGAACACACGCUCUGUUUCCAGCCCUCGCACGGCACCAUGAUUAAAUCACUGAUUUACACACACACACACUUUGUAUACUUUACUCUGUACUUUGUUUUGAAUACUGCUCAGUGUAGCACAAUGUUGGGCUGAAAUGAUAAACAAUAUGUUUUUGCUUGUAAUUGUGAUGUUGUAUUUUAAAUGCAUUGCUCUGCAAGAUCCCAAACUGUAAUUUACUUUUAGUGUUUGCUGUAAUUUGCUAGAAAAUGUCAUAGGAAAAACUGUGCGUAGUGAAAGCUUUCAGAAUGUGCAUGCUGCUUUUAGAAAUCCAAUUUUUUUUUACUGUAUUUGUAGAGUGGAGCUGCCCGGUGGCGCUCUAGAAAUGCAUUUCAUUCUUAGGAGACGGUGUAGAGGAACAUGCAGAUGUUUGCAUCUCAGCCAAAGACCUCAACAGCUCCCUUAACUUAAUUAUGCAUGUUGCUUGCAGACUUUCUCACUUUUUGGUUUUGUUUGUGUGACUGUUUGAAAGCCAUGAUGUUUGUGCAAAGCACUCAUUAUGCCCUUAUUCUUAAUACUUUUCCUUUUGUUGUUCCUUACUUUUUAAUUUUUUUUUUUUUUUUUUUGUAUAAAUGUCUUUUAGUUUAUUAGUCCAGCUGAUUGAUUGUGAUCAAAUGGGAGCAGUAAUAGUGUUCUGUUCAUAUGGCAUGGUAAUGAUGCAUCCUUUUGUUGUGCUUUGAUUUGCAACAAUACAGUUGUACAAAGAACA